CCACCUCAACGGCAAAUCCACUCACACCCGCCGUGCGCCACCUUCCCGAUUGCCAUCCGUUGCUAGAUAUCCAUCACGCAACAGACAAACCUUAUACAUACUGCAGUCGCGGCUCCGACUGGCGACAGCAGCAGCACCGAACGCACAAACACACAUCCCGUUCCAUAGUACAUCCUCCGUCCGCAGCCCAAGCGGCAAUGACCGCAAAAAGCAUCCAUGCGUCGGUUCUAGUGUUCCCGGAUGUCGAUAUCGAACCCACGUCCGCCGACGACGUUUCGCUCGCACUACCCGGCAACACAUCGUUCUCUCUUUACGUUACUCAACCGAACAUUGUAACCCUCUUCACCGCUGGCACCAACAACGGCGAUGAAUUGAAGGGUACGCUGCACUUUCCGGACCUGCUGCCGUCAUCGGUCUGCCGCAACAUCACCACGCUCCCGCGCACUUCCCUUUACGACGACCUCCAGAAGACUACAUACUCGAGCACCCACGUCAUCGCCUUCGCUCCGUGGUCGCUCGGAUGCAACAAGGAGUUCCUAGAUCGUGCUCGCGACGACCGCAGCGAUGUCCAAGGCUUCUUCUUCUACACGCUCGACCACAUGGAUCAGAUUCCGGGCAGCGGGAAUGAAUACUGGGAUGGGAUUCGGUUGCGUGACUACGGCUUUCCCAUCUACGGUAUGAGAGGACGCGAGGGCGUGCUGUUGAUGGACAAAUACACACAGUAUGCGACGGAGAAGAGCAUGCUGAGCGACGUCAACAACAUGACUGGGCGUGCGCGCAUCUUCAUUGAUGUGGACACCGGGAAGCGCGCUCCGCUGCCGGGGCUGUGGCUAUUCCUGCUCAUUGUGAUGUCUGUGCUACUGGUCGCGGUCGGAUUGACGUCGCUGUCGAUGCAUCUGCUGCAAUACUACCGGCGCCGCUCGUUGCGCAGGAGGGUCGCUGCUGGCGAGGUGGAUCUGGAAGCUCUCGGCAUAAAGCGGCUGCGAGUACCACGGAAGGUCCUCAACAAACUCCCGCUCCGUCCGUACACUACCGAUAAAAGCGACAGCUACUCGCAACAGAGCUGUUCCAUCUGCCUCGAAGAUUUCGUGUUGGACGUGACCACAGUACGCGAGUUGCCGUGCAAACAUAUAUACCAUCCCGCCUGCAUCGACAGCUUCCUGGAGCAGCAGAGCAGUCUGUGUCCGCUAUGCAAGAACAGCGCUCUGCCGAAGGGAUACGUCCCCGAACGGCUUACCAACCGCACCGUCGUACUCGAGCGGAAUGCGCGGCAGCAGCGCGAAAGGGCGGCGCGGCGGAACGGUGAGAGGAUCGACCCGUCGAUGUGGUCGAGGCUUAAGAACAUGGUUUGGGGCCGUGGUGGGGGUCGCCCUGGCGUGGACUCCAGGAGCGACGCGACACCCACCCCAAACGCGAUCGAGAUGCGGCGUCGAACAGUGCCGGCGGGAAGUAGGGAGGGCAGGAGUGGAGUCCUAGUUGCUGAGGUGGAAGAGGGCCCCGUUAGGGGAGGGAAAUUCCGGAGAGCAGUACGCGCUGUCUUCCCCGGAUUCCAGUGAAAUGAUCAGCCUCUGCGU